GUACCAAGUAUAACCCACCUACACUUUGAUUUCUCCGCCUCCAAUAUUGCGCCAACCAGUUCCGGCAUAGUAGUUGAUUUCCUACCCUUGACGUCUCGCCCACCACUUCAUCUUGCUAUACUAUUUGCGAAGGAUUCACCGGGAGAGUACGAGUGUCAUGGUGAUCCAAGGCUACUUGAAGGGAACGAUGUACGGAUGGCAAAGAAGAAGCUCCGAAUGGCAGCGUAUGAGAUCACGUCACCCGUAAAACUGGUCGGUUUUCUGGUAAGCACAAAGUUAUCUUGUACAGCUUUUUACUGGUGAGCAAAUGUUCAGGCAUAGAUUGGGUACCAAUAUGUUCCGCUUUCGCCUGAUCAAGAUUCUAACACCGGCCUUAGGUCAGCGAUGUUUUCGACUUGAGGAGGAAUGGGUAGCAGAUUCCUUAUCCAGUAGGGAU